CAACUGGGGCGAUACUAUUGAGGUCAAGGUGACCAAUAAUAUAUCUGCCCCGCUCGAGGGAACGGCUAUUCAUUGGCACGGGUUCCUUCAGCAUCGAAACCAGUGGAUGGAUGGAACAUCGGGUAUGUUGUACACGAUUCCUUAUCGCCUGUUCGUACUACUUAAGUCAAGUAGGGUUCACCCAAUGCCCGAUUGCGCCACAGAAAUCGUUCACGUACAGGUUUCGAGCAGAAUUGUUUGGGACGACCUGGUAUCAUGCUCACUACUCCUCUCAAUAUGCUGAUGGUGUCGUUGGGCCCAUUGUCAUUUAUGGUCCGAGUGAGGAAGACUAUGACAUUGACCUCGGACCAAUUCUCCUUUCCGACUACUACCAUAGGAAUUCGCGUGAAAUUGUGAAGGAAAUCGUCUCCGCUCGUCCUGGUCUGCCACCACCAAAGCCUGUCAGCGAUAACAACUUGAUCAAUGGAAAGAUGAACUUUGAUUGCUCUACGGCCACGACCACGACGGCCAAAUGUUUCGACCAUGCAGGUUUUGCCAGGUUCAAAUUCCAAGCAGGAAAACGCCACCGCCUCCGUCUCAUCAACAGCGGUGCUGAUGCCGUCCAACGAUUCUCCAUCGACGGGCACAAGAUGAUGGUCAUUGAGAACGAUUUUGUCGCUGUCGAGCCUUAUGAAACCGAAGUUGUGACACUUGGGGUGGGACAAAGAACGGAUGUCAUUGUCGAAGGAGUCGGCAGCCCGACAGCCGCCUACUGGAUCCGAAGCAAUGCAACAUGCGCCGAGUCGAGGCAGCCAUCCGCGCUCGCAAUCGUGCAAUACGAGCAGACAGAACCUAUGGUACUACCGCGGUCCACGCCAUGGAGCGUACCUGAUUCCUGCGACAACGACCCGUUGGAGAAGACAAUACCAUUGUACAAGAUGAGCCCAGGCGCGCCAGAAGCCACAUACACGUUGGGUAUGACUGUCGGGCAGGACGAAUCUGGUGUUUGGCUAUGGCACAUGAACAGCUCGUCGUUUCGAGCCGAUGUUUCGUACCCUUCACUCCUCCAAGCGCAGACCGGUAAUCUCACGUUUCUACGAGAGAGAAAUGUCAUCAACACAGGGUCAGCGAAAUCAUACCUCUUUGUUCUGAACAACAAGUCUCCUGUGCCCCAUCCGAUGCACUUACAUGGUCACAACAUGUAUAUUCUGGCGGUUGGACACGGCGUCUGGGAUGGGAGUAUUGUGCGGCCGGAAAAUCCACAGCGUAGGGAUGUGCAGAACGUGCCGGCGAACGGUUACAUGGUUUGGCAAGCAGACGCGGAUAAUCCGGGUUCGUGGGCGUUUCAUUGCCACAUAGCCUGGCACGCAGCCGUCGGGCUCACGGUGGAUAUCCUUGAACAUCCUGAGCAGAUCGUGAAUCUGGCUGUCCCCGAUGAUGUUUAUCGAGUCUGUCAUGACUGGAGAGACGCGUUUGCAACAGGCAAAAUCGAGCUCCUCGAUUCGGGGGUGUAACACUAAUCAAGGAGUUAGGAGGAGCAGAAGGCAAUCAAACGCCGGGCGUCUUGAGCCCUGAUUCAAGAGAAGAUACAUCCAGCCUUUUGUGAUUACAGGAGUGAUCACGAUGGAUGAAGACACAUGGAAGGUCAGGAAUAGUGUCACAUGCGUCAUGUGAACCAAUAGUUGCAUUGAAACCCAGGCAGAUCGAAAGCAAAGAUGAAUUUCUGUCUGUGAUCAGGCAAGAUCUAGC